UGAAGAUCGACACACUGUAAAUUCCUUGGUCACAUUGCGGUUCCCACGAACCAGCGCAGGACGCAGAUUUCAGCACAGGCACAAUGGACCUGAAAGUGACAUCGCUGCACGACAUAGUUAGGUAAAGAACUAAAACUGAGAUGGCCAGUUCAAGUGAACUAACAAGUGUGUCAUUGGCGCCGGUGGAGGAUGACCUUGCAGAGCUCAUCGUUUCAGAAGGUAUUCCGGUUAGGGCCAACUCAGACGAUGUCCCUAAAGCCAUCACUCUCGUCAAGACGCAGAACAUAUAUACGGGACCGACUCCUGCAGGGACAGUUGGUGAUGCCACCCUGGACCUUCAAAUAGAUGAUGCCGAAGAAAUCUUUGUUGCAACCGAGAGCUUCAGGAUUGUAGAACAAAAACUGAAGGAUUUUGGCCAUGUCACAAUCUGUGGUGCUUCAGGAGAAGGCAAAACAACAGCAGCUCUCAUGCUGGGUUCACAGUAUAGAAAAAUGGGUUACAAACUUGCAUUUGUGGACAUAAUUGAACGGUUUGACUUGGACAGCUUCUUGAGUUCAUCACCUAGAGUAUUUCUGAUCAUAGACGAUAUGUUUGGUACUGUUGGGUUAUCCACAGAUGUUUCACAGCUGAAAAUAUUUCUCAAUAAGCUUGCUCGACACUUAAAACACUGCAAAAGGAGAGCUGAGAAGCAAGGCGCACCAAGAAAACAGCAAGUUAAAAAAGGACAAGAGUCAACAAAGAAGAUUCGUGUUGUCUUCACAACCAAGACAUACAACUUCCAUGAUGGAGUGGCUCAGCUGCAGUAUGAAGGAUUCUCCCUGUUCAAGGGACCAACACUGGUGGAUUUGACAACUCAAGAGAAACACAGAUAUACUCAAGCAGAGAAGAAGGCUAUAUUUGAGCACCACAGGGACAUACAUAGAGAAUAUUCCGAUGAAGACUGUGAAGAUAUACCUGACUUCGAACUGUGGCACAUAGAUUCAAGUAUAUUUGGAUUUCCCCUCACAUGUAAACUCAGUUUUGAUUUUUCAUCUAUUUUCAAAAAUAAAAAUAAGUUUUUCAAGGAACCAUUGUUAUAUCUAAGGCUAGAGCUCAAAAACUUACUGAGAUCGAAAACUGAUCGAUCAGCCGUAUUGGUCCUAAUGCUACUGUGUGAUGAUAAGUUAGAUUUGGCUAAGUUGGAAGCAAACGGCAAAGACAAGAAACUGGACCACAUGGUCAGUACUGUUUUGGAUUUGCUGCCAUCAGCAUCACGUCAAGGAAUGUAUGAAGCAGCAAAGUGUCUGAGAGGAACAUUCCUUACACGUGGCGAUGCUGUUGGAUUUGCUCACUCUUCGAUCUAUGACGCUUGUGCUUGUUCGUUGUUUGAGAUCAGUCCAACAUUUGUGCUGACUCACUGCAGUGACAACUUCAUAUAUGAGCGAGUGCAACCACAACCAGUGGAAGAAAGCAAAAUCGAUGAUCAUCUCCACCUGAUCUACCUCUCCGAAGUAUAUUAUGAUAUCCUAACUACACGACUUGCAGAAUCAGUAAAGAAUGGGCAGUUUUCAAAAUCAGUGACACAUCCCAUUCUCCGACAAGAAAAGGUAGCUCUUCAAUUGCUUGAAAAACUACAUGAUGGAUCCAUGGAUGAAUGUUGGUUUCACAAGAGAGAUAAGGGGAAUUGCUUUUUGUAUUGGGCUGUUCUUGGACACAGUGCAAAGUUUGUCCUAGAAAUAGAACAUGAAACUGGAGGAGAAUUCACUCAAACAGAGAUCAGUGAAGCCAUGGAAGGUUGUGUGGUCAUCAACAAUCUGACUGUAUUGAAGUGGCUUUUCCCCAGGAGUAACAAUCCAAACAUUGAUUUAACCAUGAACUUGUGGAUGUUGCAGGCUGCUGAACAUGGGAGUUCUGAAACACUUGUUUAUCUUAUAGAAAAUGGUGCUGAUGUAUUUACCAUUGAUGCAGAAAAGAGAAAUAUCAUUCACAUAGCAUGCACUAAAGGACACAAGAAAACACUAAAGGUACUGAAAGAGCACAACAGUGAAUACUUUAAGGAUGAAGUGAAGAAAGUUUUACUGAACUCUACUAAUGAUACGGGGAUGACUCCACUCAUGGUUGCAGCACUUACAGGAUCUUAUGAGUGUUAUCAGCUGUUGCAAUCAAUAUCUAACAAAAAUACCAAAGACAAGAAUGGAAAUGACAUAAUGGAUCUUGCCUGUCAGGGUGGUAACAAGGCUAUAGUAAAACAUCUUGUGUCACCUUCAAACAUCAACACGAGGGGCAAGAAUGGAUCUACACCAGUAAUGAUGGCAGCUUUUUGGGGACAUCAAAGUGUGUUUGACCUCCUAGUAUCAGAGCAAGCUGACCUGACACUGGUGGAUAACGAUGGUGAUAGUUUACUUCAUUUUGCCUGUAAGGGUGGUAACGAGGCUAUAGUACAACAUCUUGUGUCACCUUCAAAUAUCAAUACCAGGGGACUGAGUGGAUAUACACCAGUAAUGAUGGCAGCUUUUGGGGGACAUCAAAGUGUGUUUGACCUCCUAGUAUCAGAGCAAGCUGACCUGACACUGGUGGAUGACGGUGGUGAGAGUUUACUUCAUUUUGCCUGUCAGGGUGGUAACAAGGCUAUAGUACAACAUCUUGUGUCACCUUCAAAUAUCAAUACCAGGGGACUGAGUGGAUAUACACCAGUAAUGAUGGCAGCUUUUGGGGGACAUCAAAGUGUGUUUGACCUCCUAGUAUCAGAGCAAGCUGACCUGACACUGGUGGAUGACGGUGGUGAAAGUUUACUUCAUUUUGCCUGUCAUGGUGGUAACGAGGCUAUAGUACAACAUCUUGUGUCAUCUUCUGAUAUCAAUACUAGGGGAUUAGAUGGAUGUACACCAGUAAUGUUGGCAGCUUUUUGGGGACAUCAAAGUGUGUUUGACCUCUUAGUGUCAAAGCAAGCUGACCUGACACUGGUGAAUAACUAUGGGAAUAGUUUACUUCAUGUUGCCUGUCGGGGUGGUAACAAAGCUAUAGUACAACAUCUUGUGUCAUCUUCUAACAUCAAUACCAGGGGACGGAAUGGAUAUACACCAGUAAUGAUGGCAGCUUUUGGGGGACAUCAAAGUGUGUUUGACCUCCUAGUAUCAGAGCAAGCUGACCUGACACUGGUGGAUGACGGUGGUGAGAGUUUACUUCAUUUUGCCUGUCAGGGUGGUAACAAGGCUAUAGUACAACAUCUUGUGUCACCUUCAAAUAUCAAUACCAGGGGACUGAGUGGAUAUACACCAGUAAUGAUGGCAGCUUUUGGGGGACAUCAAAGUGUGUUUGACCUCCUAGUAUCAGAGCAAGCUGACCUGACACUGGUGGAUGACGGUGGUGAAAGUUUACUUCAUUUUGCCUGUCAUGGUGGUAACGAGGCUAUAGUACAACAUCUUGUGUCAUCUUCUGAUAUCAAUACUAGGGGAUUAGAUGGAUGUACACCAGUAAUGUUGGCAGCUUUUUGGGGACAUCAAAGUGUGUUUGACCUCUUAGUGUCAAAGCAAGCUGACCUGACACUGGUGAAUAACUAUGGGAAUAGUUUACUUCAUGUUGCCUGUCGGGGUGGUAACAAAGCUAUAGUACAACAUCUUGUGUCAUCUUCUAACAUCAAUACCAGGGGACGGAAUGGAUAUACACCAGUAAUGGUUGCAGCUGUUUUUGGACAUCAAAGUGUGUUUGACGUGCUGGUAUCAGAGCAAGCUGACCUGACACUGCUGAACAACCAUGGUGAAAGUUUACUUCAUGUUGCCUGUCGGGGUGGUAACAAGGCUAUUGUACAACAUCUUGUGUCACCUUCAAAUAUCAAUACUAGGGGACGGAAUGCAGAUACACCAGUAAUGGUGGCAGCUGGUAAAGGACAUCAAAAUUUGUUUGACCUCCUAGUGUCAAAGCAAGCUGACCUGACACUGGUAAAUAACGAUGGUGAUAGUUUACUUCAUGUUGCCUGUCAGGGUGGUAACAAAGCUAUAGUACAACAUCUUGUGUCAUCUUCUAACAUCAAUACCAGGGGACGGAAUGGAUAUACACCAGUAAUGGUUGCAGCUGUUUUUGGACAUCAAAGUGCGUUUGACGUGCUGGUAUUAGAGCAAGCUGACCUGACACUGCUGAACAACCAUGGUGAUAGUUUACUUCAUGUUGCCUGUCAGGGUGGUAACAAGGCUAUAGUACAACAUCUUGUGUCACCUUCAAAUAUCAAUACUAGGGGACGGGAUGGAUAUACACCAGUAAUGGUGGCAGCUGAUAAAGGACAUCAAAAUGUGUUUGACCUCCUAGUGUCAAAGCAAGCUGACCUGACACUGGUGAAUAACGAUGGUGAUAGUUUACUUUACGUUGCCUGUUGGGGUGGUAACAAGGCUAUAGUACAACAUCUUGUGUCGCCUUCAAAUAUCAAUACUAGGGGACGGAAUGCAUAUACACCAGUAAUGAUGGCAGCUUUUCGUGGACAUCAAAGUGUGUUUGACCUCCUAGUGUCAAAGCAAGCUGACCUGACACUGGUGAAUAACGAUGGUGAAAGUUUACUUCAUGUUGCCUGUUGUGGUGGUAACAAGGCUAUAGUACAACAUCUUGUGUCGCCUUCAAAUAUCAAUACUAGGGGACGGAAUGCAUAUACACCAGUAAUGAUGGCAGCUUUUCGUGGACAUCAAAGUGUGUUUGACCUCCUAGUGUCAAAGCAAGCUGACCUGACACUGGUGAAUAACGAUGGUGAUAGUUUACUUCAUGUUGCCUGUCAGGGUGGUAACAAGGCUAUAGUACAACAUCUUGUGUCAUCUUCUAACAUUAAUACCAGGGGACAGAAUGGAUAUACACCAGUAAUGAUGGCAGCUUUUGGCGGACAUCAAAGUGUGUUUGACCUCCUAGUGUCAAAGCAAGCUGACCUGACACUAGUGGAUAGCGCUGGUGAUAGUUUACUUCAUGUUGCCUGUUUGGGUGGUAACAAGGCUAUAGUACAACAUCUUGUGUCAUCUUCUAACAUUAAUACCAGGGGACAGAAUGGAUAUACACCAGUAAUGAUGGCAGCUUUUCGUGGACAUCAAAGUGUGUUUGACCUCCUAGUGUCAAAGCAAGCUGACCUGACACUGGUGAAUAACGAUGGUGAAAGUUUACUUCAUGUUGCCUGUUGUGGUGGUAACAAGGCUAUAGUACAACAUCUUGUGUCGCCUUCAAAUAUCAAUACUAGGGGACGGAAUGCAUAUACACCAGUAAUGAUGGCAGCUUUUCGUGGACAUCAAAGUGUGUUUGACCUCCUAGUGUCAAAGCAAGCUGACCUGACACUGGUGAAUAACGAUGGUGAUAGUUUACUUCAUGUUGCCUGUCAGGGUGGUAACAAGGCUAUAGUACAACAUCUUGUGUCAUCUUCUAACAUUAAUACCAGGGGACAGAAUGGAUAUACACCAGUAAUGGUGGCAGCUUUUUGGGGACAUCAAAGUGUGUUUGACCUCCUAGUGUCAAAACAAGCUGACUUGACACUAGUGGAUAACGACGGGGAUAGUUUACUUCAUUUUGCCUGUCAGGGUGGUAACGAGGCUAUAGUACAACAUCUUGUGUCAUCUUCUGAUAUCAAUACUAGGCGAUUAAAUGGAGUUACACCAGUAAUGAUGGCAGCUUUUUGGGGACAUCAAAGUGUGUUUGACCUCCUAGUAUCAGAGCAAGCUGACCUGACACUGUUGGAUAACAAUGGUGAUAGUUUACUUCAUUUUGCCUGUAAGGGUGGUAACAAGGCUAUAGUACAACAUCUUGUGUCACCUUCAAAUAUCAAUACUAGGGGCCGGAAUGGAUAUACACCAGUAAUGGUGGCAGCUGGUAAAGGACAUGAAAGUGUGUUUGACCUCCUAGUGUCAAAGCAAGCUGACCUGACACUGGUGAAUAACGAUGGUGAUAGUUUACUUCAUGUUGCCUGUUGGGGUGGUAACAAGGCUAUAGUACAACAUCUUGUGUCGCCUUCAAAUAUCAAUACUAGGGGACGGAAUGCAUAUACAACAGUAAUGAUGGCAGCUUUUCGUGGACAUCAAAGUGUGUUUGACCUCCUAGUGUCAAAGCAAGCUGACCUGACACUGGUGAAUAACGAUGGUGAUAGUUUACUUCAUGUUGCCUGUUGGGGUGGUAACAAGGCUAUAGUACAACAUCUUGUGUCAUCUUCUAACAUCAAUACCAGGGGACAGAAUGGAUAUACAUCAGUAAUGAUGGCAGCUUUUCGUGGACAUCAAAGUGUGUUUGACCUCCUAGUGUCAAAGCAAGCUGACCUGACACUGGUGAAUAACGAUGGUGAUAGUUUACUUCAUGUUGCCUGUUGGGGUGGGAACAAGGCUAUAGUACAACAUCUUGUGUCACCUUCAAAUAUCAAUACUAGGGGACGGAAUGCAUGUACAACAGUAAUAAUUGCAGCUUUUCGUGGACAUCAAAGUGUGUUUGACCUCCUAGUGUCAAAGCAAGCUGACCUGACACUGGUGAAUAACGAUGGUGAUAGUUUACUUCAUGUUGCCUCUCGGGGUGGUAACAAGGCUAUAGUACAACAUCUUGUGUCACCUUCAAAUAUCAAUACUAGGGGAAAGAAUGGAUAUACACCAGUAAUGGUGGCAGCUGGUAAAGGACAUGAAAGUGUGUUUGACCUCCUAGUGUCAAAGCAAGCUGACCUGACACUGGUGAAUAACGAUGGUGAAAGUUUACUUCAUGUUGCCUGUUGUGGUGGUAACAAGGCUAUAGUACAACAUCUUGUGUCGCCUUCAAAUAUCAAUACUAGGGGACGGAAUGCAUAUACACCAGUAAUGAUGGCAGCUUUUCGUGGACAUCAAAGUGUGUUUGACCUCCUAGUGUCAAAGCAAGCUGACCUGACACUGGUGAAUAACGAUGGUGAUAGUUUACUUCAUGUUGCCUGUCAGGGUGGUAACAAGGCUAUAGUACAACAUCUUGUGUCAUCUUCUAACAUUAAUACCAGGGGACAGAAUGGAUAUACACCAGUAAUGAUGGCAGCUUUUGGCGGACAUCAAAGUGUGUUUGACCUCCUAGUGUCAAAGCAAGCUGACCUGACACUAGUGGAUAGCGCUGGUGAUAGUUUACUUCAUGUUGCCUGUUUGGGUGGUAACAAGGCUAUAGUACAACAUCUUGUGUCAUCUUCUAACAUUAAUACCAGGGGACAGAAUGGAUAUACACCAGUAAUGAUGGCAGCUUUUCGUGGACAUCAAAGUGUGUUUGACCUCCUAGUGUCAAAGCAAGCUGACCUGACACUGGUGAAUAACGAUGGUGAAAGUUUACUUCAUGUUGCCUGUUGUGGUGGUAACAAGGCUAUAGUACAACAUCUUGUGUCGCCUUCAAAUAUCAAUACUAGGGGACGGAAUGCAUAUACACCAGUAAUGAUGGCAGCUUUUCGUGGACAUCAAAGUGUGUUUGACCUCCUAGUGUCAAAGCAAGCUGACCUGACACUGGUGAAUAACGAUGGUGAUAGUUUACUUCAUGUUGCCUGUCAGGGUGGUAACAAGGCUAUAGUACAACAUCUUGUGUCAUCUUCUAACAUUAAUACCAGGGGACAGAAUGGAUAUACACCAGUAAUGGUGGCAGCUUUUUGGGGACAUCAAAGUGUGUUUGACCUCCUAGUGUCAAAACAAGCUGACUUGACACUAGUGGAUAACGACGGGGAUAGUUUACUUCAUUUUGCCUGUCAGGGUGGUAACGAGGCUAUAGUACAACAUCUUGUGUCAUCUUCUGAUAUCAAUACUAGGCGAUUAAAUGGAGUUACACCAGUAAUGAUGGCAGCUUUUUGGGGACAUCAAAGUGUGUUUGACCUCCUAGUAUCAGAGCAAGCUGACCUGACACUGUUGGAUAACAAUGGUGAUAGUUUACUUCAUUUUGCCUGUAAGGGUGGUAACAAGGCUAUAGUACAACAUCUUGUGUCACCUUCAAAUAUCAAUACUAGGGGCCGGAAUGGAUAUACACCAGUAAUGGUGGCAGCUGGUAAAGGACAUGAAAGUGUGUUUGACCUCCUAGUGUCAAAGCAAGCUGACCUGACACUGGUGAAUAACGAUGGUGAUAGUUUACUUCAUGUUGCCUGUUGGGGUGGUAACAAGGCUAUAGUACAACAUCUUGUGUCGCCUUCAAAUAUCAAUACUAGGGGACGGAAUGCAUAUACAACAGUAAUGAUGGCAGCUUUUCGUGGACAUCAAAGUGUGUUUGACCUCCUAGUGUCAAAGCAAGCUGACCUGACACUGGUGAAUAACGAUGGUGAUAGUUUACUUCAUGUUGCCUGUUGGGGUGGUAACAAGGCUAUAGUACAACAUCUUGUGUCAUCUUCUAACAUCAAUACCAGGGGACAGAAUGGAUAUACAUCAGUAAUGAUGGCAGCUUUUCGUGGACAUCAAAGUGUGUUUGACCUCCUAGUGUCAAAGCAAGCUGACCUGACACUGGUGAAUAACGAUGGUGAUAGUUUACUUCAUGUUGCCUGUUGGGGUGGGAACAAGGCUAUAGUACAACAUCUUGUGUCACCUUCAAAUAUCAAUACUAGGGGACGGAAUGCAUGUACAACAGUAAUAAUUGCAGCUUUUCGUGGACAUCAAAGUGUGUUUGACCUCCUAGUGUCAAAGCAAGCUGACCUGACACUGGUGAAUAACGAUGGUGAUAGUUUACUUCAUGUUGCCUCUCGGGGUGGUAACAAGGCUAUAGUACAACAUCUUGUGUCACCUUCAAAUAUCAAUACUAGGGGAAAGAAUGGAUAUACACCAGUAAUGGUGGCAGCUGGUAAAGGACAUGAAAGUGUGUUUGACCUCCUAGUGUCAAAGCAAGCUGACCUGACACUAGUGGAUAACGAUAGUGAUAGUUUACUUCAUGUUGCCUGUCGGGGUGGUAACAAGGCUAUAGUACAACAUCUUGUGUCACCUUCAAAUAUCAAUACUAGGGGACGGAAUGGAUAUACACCAGUAAUGGUGGCAGCUGGUAAAGGACAUCAAAGUGUGUUUGACCUCCUAGUGUCAAAGCAAGCUGACCUGACACUGGUGGAUAACGAUGGUGAUAGUUUACUUCAUGUUGCCUGUCGGGGUGGUAACAAGGCUAUAGUACAACAUCUUGUGUCACCUUCAAAUAUCAAUACUAGGGGACGGAAUGGAUAUACACCAGUAAUCGUGGCAGCUGGUAAAGGACAUGAAAGAGUGUUUGACCUCCUAGUGUCAAAGCAAGCUGACCUGACACUGGUGAAUAACGAUGGUGAUAGUUUACUUCAUGUUGCCUGUUGUGGUGGUAACAAAGCUAUAGUACAACAUCUUGUGUCAUCUUCUAACAUCAAUACUAGGGGACGGAAUGGAUAUACACCAGUAAUGGUUGCAGCUGUUUUUGGACAUCAAAGUGCGUUUGACGUGCUGGUAUCAGAGCAAGCUGACCUGACACUGCUGAACAACCAUGGUGAUAGUUUACUUUACGUUGCCUGUUGGGGUGGUAACAAGGCUAUAGUACAACAUCUUGUGUCACCUUCAAAUAUCAAUACUAGGGGCCGGAAUGAUUAUACACCAGUAAUGGUGGCAGCUUUUCGUGGACAUCGAAGUGUGUUUGACCUCCUAGUGUCAAAGCAAGCUGACCUGACACUGGUGAAUAACGAUGGUGAUAGUUUACUUCAUGUUGCCUCUCGGGGUGGUAACAAGGCUAUAGUACAACAUCUUGUGUCGCCUUCAAAUAUCAAUACUAGGGGACGGAAUGGAUAUACACCAGUAAUGAUGGCAGCUUUUCGUGGACAUCAAAGUGUGUUUGACCUCCUAGUGUCAAAGCAAGCUGACCUGACACUGGUGAAUAACGAUGGUGAUAGUUUACUUCAUGUUGCCUCUCGGUGUGGUAACAAGGCUAUAGUACAACAUCUUGUGUCAUCUUCUAACAUCAAUACCAGGGGACAGAAUGGAUAUACAUCAGUAAUGAUGGCAGCUUUUCGUGGACAUCAAAGUGUGUUUGACCUCCUAGUGUCAAAGCAAGCUGACCUGACACUGGUGAAUAACGAUGGUGAUAGUUUACUUCAUGUUGCCUGUUGGGGUGGUAACAAGGCUAUAGUACAACAUCUUGUGUCAUCUUCUAACAUCAAUACCAGGGGACAGAAUGGAUAUACAUCAGUAAUGAUGGCAGCUUUUCGUGGACAUCAAAGUGUGUUUGACCUCCUAGUGUCAAAGCAAGCUGACCUGACACUGGUGGAUAACUAUGGUAAUAGUUUACUUCAUGUUGCCUGCCAGGGUGGUAACAAGGCUAUAGUACAACAUCUUGUGUCAUCAUCUUCUAAUAUCAAUACUAGGUGACGGAUUGGAUUUACACCAGUAAUGAUGGCAGCUAUUCGUGGACAUCAAAGUGUGUUUGACCUCCUAGUGUCAAAGCAAGCUGACCUGACACUAGUGGAUAACGGUGGUGAUAGUUUACUUUAUGUUGCCUGUUGGGGUGGUAACAAGGCUAUAGUACAACAUCUUGUGUCACCUUCAGAUAUCAAUACUAGGGGAAAGAAUGGAUUUACACCAGUAAUGGUGGCAGCUUUUCGUGGACAUCAAAGUGCGUUUGACAUCCUGGUAUCAGAGCAAGCUGACCUGACACUGGUGAAUAACAAUGGUGAUAGUUUACUUCAUGUUGCCUGUCGGGGUGGUAACAAGGCUUUAGUACAACAUCUCGUGUAACCUUCCAAUAUCAAUACAAGAACACAGUUUGGAUUUGCACCAGUAAUGGUGGCAACUCUAGCAAGUCAUCAAAGUGUGUUUGACCUCUUCAUAUCAAGGAAUGCUGACCUGACACACUGGAUAGCUGUGAUUAUAGUUUACUUCAUUUUGUCUGUCAUCCUGUCAAUACAGCAAUAGUAUAAUAACUGUGUCUUCUGCUAACAGUGUUAAACCAAGAAAUUGAAGCCCACAAAGAAAUAUCAAACAAUUGAUGUCAUUGUUAAUAAUUUAAAGAACACUACCUCAGUGACCUGAUGUCCUAUAUUUUGACUGUCAUCACACUAUUAACAUCUUCAGUACGUACGUCUCGGUAACUAUCAGAGAUUGUAGUGUUUCGCCUUCCUGCGAUUGUCGCUUUGAUAAUUUUUUUAUCAGAAGCUGUUUUAUAUCAAAUGAAGUGACGUUUAUUGGAUUUCCGCUGUGGCUCUGUCACUUCUAAGUAGAAACGGAAAUCCUGAAAAGGGCAGAUAUGCCGAUCUGGCACUGCUAAACCUUUGCCAAGUACAGGAAUCACGUAUUGUCUAUGUCCAGCCGAGAGGUUCCACUUGGGAAAUGUGUACGGGUUUUAAAGUCAUCCAGCAGGAGAGAUCGUAUAUGCCUGUUACGGACUGGAUGAUCUCAGGUAGAUAGUCCGCCGUGCUCGAGAACCGAUGUUGGAGCAGAACAGUAUCCUUCAAUGGUGUCGUGGUGGAACUUAGCAUCCAGGCGAAUGUGAAGAAAAAAAUCCAAAAUCAUGAGUACAGUUGCAGGUCCCCCAUCUACUUCUCGUCCUCUGUACCAUUGGCAGAACUUGUUCCACCUGUUGCCGUAGAUGACGGGCGAGGAUGGUCUCCAUGAACGAGCAACCUCCGCUGAAGCAGAAGCAUCUUCUAGAUGAUGACUAGGUGAAGGUGAAGGGCGUGUAGACUGCCGUACAUGAGGGAGGAGAUCUCGGCAUUCAGGUAUGCUGAGGGGGUUCGUCAAUGAGUAACGGAAACAGUCUGAUAUAAUUGGCCGGCUAUCCAUAGCGGUGCUAUGAGAAUGAUAGUGCAGACCAUUUUCUCAAUCUUCCGAAGUACUGUGUCUGCGAGAGCCCAGGGAAGGGAGUAUGUGAAGAACCCCAUUCAAUCAAUGGACAACAUGUCAUGGUAGAGCUUGAGGAUCCGGCACCUUGCUGACAUACACUAGGAGCUUGAGGUGUGUGGCGUACAAGUCUAGCCGAGGUGUGGCCCACGCCAUUGAAUUACCCCUGGAUGGAGAGACGGUCAGAGACCACUCUUUCGCCACCAUCCUCCCUGCGAUAUUAUCUGUACGCCAAGUUGUUGAGCCUCCCCAGUAUGUGGCAGGUUUAUAUUCUGCAAGGCACACAAACGUGUAGUGCCGCUCCAGUCGACUGUAUUCGUCCAUGUCAUGUAAGCCAUCACUGUGGUGUUGUUUCGGGCACAAGGAUCGUGGAUAGGGAUAAGUGGUUCUUCCAUGCACUGAAUGCUUAGAAGAUAAGAUCGCUCGUAUCUGGAGACAGUAGAGGUGAAGGUUGCCACAGACGGUUGCACCAUUAGAACACCUAAACCCGAGCUGGAAGUAUUUGUGAACAGGUGGUGUUUGGGUGCUGGAAAUACAAGUGGAAUGCCAACCAUGACGUUCUCCCGGCAUGUCCACCAAGUGAGACGAUCCAGUAACGUUGGAGGGAAAGGCACUAGGAUGCCCAACGUUCACGACCGUACUGAAUUCAUCCAAGCCUGGAUGGGACCAAGGUGAAGUCUUGUAGGGACGUCAGAAUCCCGAGUAACGACAUCCAUCAUCAAAAAGAGUGGUUGGGCUGAUCUGCCACUUUGAUGAGAUCCGCAGCACCUCGAAAUAACGAUCAGUCCUCUGUGAAGGUAUCUGGCGCCGAUAUAAAUGAUGUCUGACAUCCUGUACUGGGUUGAUCUCAAAUUUGGCUGGGGAAACCAAGAAACCGAGAUGAGACAAUAGUUUGAUCAGGAAGAUCGUGUUGUUGCGAACCAAGAUGGAUGUGAUCAAAACUGAUGAUUGGUGCUUUAACUGAGUGAACAGCCAGGGUGCGAUGAAUAUCCUGAACGGAAGUACCAUGAACACGUAAUGACAACCAUUGCCUGAGCAUCAGAUAUUCAUUUGUUGAUAAUUUUUAGAUCUAUGAUCAUGGCCUGACUGUAGUGUUCUUCUUGGGUACCAGGAAGGCUAGAGAAUAAAAGGCUUGGCUGCGGUCCGUAUUCUUCAACUCCCGUAUGGUACACAAUAAUGUCCGAAUGGCCAAGAGAGCUGCUGUUAGCUUAAUAAACAGUUGUGGAUCCUAAGACGGACUUGUGUUGUUCAUGCCGAAGUCAUCGCUUAGAUCAACCAAUUCUAAGUGUGAUACUGGUGAGAGAAUCCGAGUACUCCCUGGUACCUCAAGCUCAAGCUUUCAAGAUCAAAUCAUGGUUAGUGCUGAACUUUAUGCCUUCUUCUGGGGUCCACAACGCAAGCGUUAUUUAUCUACAUUUGGGUGACAUCAAGACGUCGUCAAUCAUCACUUGUGACUUUCUACCAUUGCGGUUGCCUCCAAUUCAUAUCAACGUUGUCGUCACCUCCAUGUGCAAGCGUUCCAAUCCCCGUUAAUGCAGUCGGAUCAAUCUCAAUUCCCCUGUUGGACCCACCUCUACAAGACUCCACCAGGACCCUGACUCAAUCCCCCUGCUGGACCCACCGCCGCCACACCCCUCUAGGAAACUGAUUCAAUCAACGGCAGGACCCACCUCAGUGACACGACCCGAACAAGCGCAAGAACAAGAGCAAGAACAAGAAAAUUGUGACAUUGAUCCAGAACUGUGUUUUUGUGUGACUCAAACCCUAUUUUAUUCAAAGGCUGAUUGUGCAUUUUAGGUAAGCAUCAUUUUCUUUCUGUGUUAACAUAUGCAUCACCACAUGACUGACCAUUCUGACAGAUGGGGCAUACCAUACAGCCUGAAGCAGCCACAGCAGUAUCGCAAACCGAAUCCCAAAACGAGUCAUUAUCAAGCAUGGUUGCCAUAAGAUACAAGAUUUUAUCAAGCAUGGUCGUCAUAAGAUACAAGAUUUUAUUUCGCAAACGUUCCAUAUAGAAUAGUGACAAUAUUCUAUAAACUAUUUAAACAGAUACAUAAUAAGUCUAAUAAGUAUUGGCCUUGUUCUUCUACCCAGUUAAAUAUUUCACCUGGGAUCACUCAACAUUAGCUUGGUGAAGUGUGUACGUUUUUCUUUAAUCUUCCAGUGUUCUAGAUAGGGUUCAAGUUUAACUUCUGACUUAAAUUUUCUAUAUGUUCCAAGUUAGUUUCUUGAAUUUAUUUUUUUGGUUUACCUUGAAACGAUAAGUGGAACAUGUCUGUAAACUUUGAUUGUAGGUCCUUCAUAAUGAUGGAAGAAAUUAGAUCACUUUCUUAAUGUCAAACUUAUCUAGGAGGCAAAUGAAUUUAUAUAAAUACCAUCCAAUUUUAUAUUUGGCCAUAGUUAUUGAUUCAUUAAAAGCAUGAUUUAAAACAAUAUAGGGAUAUUGUAAAAUAUAUUUGUAGAAUUGAAUAAUCGAUUUAAUUACCUUAAACAGAAGGGAGAUAAACCAAGCUCUGCCCUGCAUGCCCAGGUGUAUUUCUUGAGAAAUUCCCAGAACACGUUUGCAAAUGUUUUUCGGAAUAUUUCAGGAGUAAAAGUAUCCAUAUACAUGAGUAGAACUGAAUCAAUUCCCAAUACCUCACAGUUAUAUAGGACAACAGGUUCAACAACUGCCUUAAAAAUUCUGCAACAGACAUUUUGAUCUAAAUCAUCUCUAAACAGGCUAGAAAAGAGCACAUAGUAGGCCCUAGUAUUGUCCUUUAUUUUCAAGAGAUUCAACACACUAUAAAAGCGACAGCUUCCCGCAAGUAAAGAGAGUCACGUGUAUAUAAUGAUAGCCCAGGUUGUACAUAUCAGGAAAACUUCAGAUUAUAUAUAUAUAGACUCCCAUUAAUUGACCACCGGUACAGACGUGUAUAUAGCAGCACAAAUAAGUAUACACACAUACGACACGAUACACGAUAUACAUAUGGGAGCACCCCCAAUAUACAACAUAUGUAAAUGAUGACUAUCACCUAUUAGACAAUUCCAGCACAAUAAGGUCCACUGUGCAUGGUUUAUUAUAUUUAUACCCCUCCUAAUCAAACCAGACCAAAUCAACUAUGUCAAUGAGGAAAAUACCUGAAAUACAUGUAGUAUGUGACAUGGUAUAGGUCGCAAAGUGUGAAAGUUAGUUAGUGAAAAUGGAAUCGUAUGGAGUUAAAAAACCCUACUAUGAAAUCCGAGUGCGUGACGAGUUAAGAACGAAUGAACUAUAAGGGUUAUGCUUGCAAAUGGGUUAUGAGUGAAGUGAGGUGUCAGCUGUCGGAACCAGGUACAGGACAACCGCAGACAAACGAGCCAUCACGCCAUUGUCUGUGGCCCUGGAGAGACACCAGUAGUUGUAGUGAGAAGGAUUCACAGAGAG